AUGGACCAAGUAAUGCAGUAUAUUGAACCCGCAAAAACUUUCGCGAAAGACUCAAUAAGGCUCGUUAAGAGAUGUACUAAACCGGAUCGAAAAGAAUUUCAAAAGAUUGCAAUGGCAACAGCAAUAGGAUUUGCUAUUAUGGGAUUUAUUGGAUUUUUUGUGAAGUUGAUCCAUAUACCAAUAAAUAACAUUAUAGUGUAA